GAGUGCGUGUGUGUGCGCGCGCGCGCGCUUGUGUUGUCUGCCGACUUGGCUGACGUCACCGCUGGAACUGCCCUGUCACGCGCUGUUAGUAAAAGUUGGGAUAGGAGCUAGAGACGGAGAGCAGCAGCGAAAUUACGGACGAACUCGAUCAACGGUCGCGCUGACGCACAACCCUCACCCCCCCUUCACGCCACGGGCUAAAAAAAAAAAAAGUUCCGACCGUCGCUGCGAGUUCGCUGAAUCCCUGCAGAAGGUCGAGCAGUUUGGAUUAUUCUGAGGGACAAGCAAUAAUAUUUUCUGCUCGGACUUAGAGAAGUACAGCACGGAGGAAAAGUUUAAAAGUUUUGCCUUCAUUAUUAGUCAAUGUAGUGAGUUUAUUAAAGAGUCGGUGUACAUAGACGGGUGAGCCCGAGCUGUCAAACCCGAUGACUACUGCAAACUGCCCCGGGAAUGAAGAGCUGGACUUCAGACUGAUCUUCGGGGAGGACGGGCAGCAGCCGCCGCUAGGCCCCGCAGAUUUGGAAACGGAUGACAACACAUCAUUUUACAUCCUCAACGUGGGCCAACCCCCUUCACUGGUGAACCAAUCGCAUGGUAUCCAGCGUCAUGGAGGCCCGCCCCCGUCUCAGUUCAUCAGCUCCUCCCCUUCACUGCAGGCCCUCCACAAAAUCUACGAGCCCAGCUAUGAGCCUCAGGACUCUAAAUACACACCCACAGGAGUGGGCGGAGGAGGGAACGGGCCACCAAAAGCCUUUGAAUGUCCCAGCAUCCAGAUCACCUCCAUCUCUCCAAGCUGCCAGCAGGAGAUGGAGGCCAGCGAGGAUGAGAUGCGAUCGAAGGGUCCGGAUGGAGAUUACCAUGACAGACCUCUGUCUCGGGACCAUCUGUACCUCCCACUAGAUCACUCUUAUCGAGAUUCGUCCCUGAGCCCGAGCCCAUGUAGCAGCCUUUCCUCUCGUAGCUGGUUUUCAGAUGCCUCGUCCUGUGAAUCCAUCUCUCAUGUGUAUGAUGACGUGGAUUCAGAACUGAAUGAAGCAGCAGCACGUUUCACCCUGGGCUCACCGCUCACCUCACCCGGCUGCUCUCCACAAACUGGCACACAGGAGGAAGUUUGGCAGCAGCAGCACCAUCAUCAUCACCCAGCCUUCGCUCACUCCCUUUCUCAUUCGCACGGUCAUUCUUUGUCACCUCGUCAGUCGCCCUGCCACUCGCCCCGCACCAGCGUCACCGAUGAGAACUGGCUGAGCCCUCGCUCCCCUUCACGGCCCUCUUCUCGCCCAACAUCGCCCUGUGGGAAGAGACGCCACUCCAGUGCUGAUAUUUGCUACCUGGGCUCUUUAUCACCCCAUCACUCCCCAACAGCCACUCCAGGCCCUUCACCCAGGGGCAGCGUGACUGAGGACACGUGGAUAGGUAGCCCGUCCAUGGGCGUAUCUCCUUUCCAAUGUUGCCCCUCUGAAGCUGACAUCCCCUCCAAAACAAGGAAGACGUCCCAGGACUGUACAGCAGCAAUUCAGCCUGGGAAAGGUGACCUGAGCAUGGAUGAUUCUGGGAAUGGGUCUCCUUUGCUUGACUCGCCUGCUGAGGACUCCAUGCAUGGAUUAAAGAAAGAUGGUUCUGGAGAGCAGUUUCUUUCUGUCCCAUCUCACUUCACAUGGAACAAACCCAAACCAGGACACACUCCUAUUUUCAGAGCAUCGAAUCUGCCUCCCCUGGACUGGCCGUUGCCAAAUCAGUAUGGGCAGUAUGAGCUAAAGAUCGAGGUUCAACCUAAAGCACAUCACAGAGCUCAUUACGAGACCGAAGGCAGCCGAGGGGCCAUCAAAGCCACGUCCGGGGGACACCCUAUCAUCAAGCUUCUUGGCUACAACGAGAAGCCAGUGAACUUGCAGAUGUUCAUCGGGACAGCGGAUGACCGUUAUUUAAGGCCACAUGCUUUCUACCAGGUCCACCGCAUCACAGGAAAAACCGUGGCUACGGCAAGCCAGGAAAUUAUCAUCACCAGCACGAAGGUUCUCGAGAUUCCUCUCCUUCCUGAAAACAAUAUGUCUGCCAGUAUUGAUUGUGCUGGAAUCCUGAAGUUGAGGAACUCUGACAUCGAGCUGAGGAAAGGAGAGACUGAUAUUGGACGGAAAAACACUCGGGUGCGCGUGGUGUUCCGGGUUCACAUCCCACAACCCAAUGGAAAAGUGGUCUCACUGCAGUCCUCAUCAGUUCCAGUGGAGUGCUCUCAGCGCUCAGCACAGGAGUUACCCCAAGUGGAGAAGGCCAGUAUCAGCAGUUGCCCAGUGAGUGGAAGAGAGGAAAUGCUCAUCACUGGCUCCAACUUCUUCCCCGAGUCAAAGGUCAUUUUUCUGGAGAAAGGUCCAGAUGGACGACCGCAGUGGGAGGUGGAAGCAAAGAUCAUUAGAGAGAAGAGUCAAGGAUCAAGCAUUGCGGUGGAGGUGCCUCCGUACCACAGUAAGACGGUCACUUCAGCAGUGCAGGUGCAGUUUUACGUGUGCAAUGGAAAGCGGAAAAGAAGCCAGUCGCAACGCUUCACCUAUCUGCCAGUCCUGGUCAAGCAAGAACAUAGGGAUGAUCUGGACUCCCCUGCCGUGCCGCCCAUGUCAAUGCCUCUGGUCCAUGCUGCCAGUUUGGUCUGCGCUCAGCCGCUGUCCUCCCCAGAGCACUCCCACCCACCAGACGGCCUUCUGUCCAGCUCCCCACGUGGCCUGGCUGCAGGCCUGCACCCUCUCCAGGCCCCCUGCGCCCCAAUGGGCUCCCCAACUCUUCCCCACCUGCCCCACCUUCAGGCUCGUGGGCUGAAUGCACCUCCCGAAUGCCAGAUGCCCUUCCACCCAGGCCCUGCUGCCACUGCCAGGCCAUCUUACCCCCCCAUACAGCACAACAUGCCCUUCAAUGGCCAGCAGAGUCUUCCUAUGACUGCAGGCUCCCCACAGGCCUACGAGCGGAUGCCCUUCCAGGCUGAUCCAGCUGGGUGUCACACCCUGGGUGUGGGGAUGGUUUAUGGCCCGGCUUCUUCAACACCCCCCUCUGGAGUGCCGCCGGGUCCUGGCUCAAGCCCCAGCCAUGUAGCUUGUACAGGUAGUAACCAGGUCAUGGCCCAUUCUGCCCCACACCUUCACUCUUUAGGCUAUCACCACCCCACUCCAGGCCAGAUACCAUCGCCCACUCACACCCUGGGACAGCCGCCCCCACAGCUCCAACGUCCACUGGUUUACCAUCCAGCCGGGCAGCGUUCUGCCUCCUGCCCCACGCCGUCCAGUGCUCCAGCUCAUAUGGUGCCAUCUCCCCACUCUGGGCCCUCAUCCCCCCAGCUCCAUUCGCUCCCAUACCACUCGCCCACCUCCCCUUCUCCUACAUCCAACAGCCCCCUGGGGCCCAUGGCACUCUCUGGACAGCCUUCGCCUCAGGCUAGCAGCCCUGUCUUAGCUGGGUUGUCUCCUUCAGGUCCUUUGGCACACCCCCUGGCCCAGCAAGGAGAGAGGCUGAACAUCAAGCAGGAGCCAGAGGACAGAGAGCCCACCUUCCGCACCAUUGGCCUUCAGGACAUAACACUUGAUGAUGUGAAUGAGAUCAUCGGCAGAGACAUGUCUCAGGCCCCAGGGGCUCAUGGAGGAUCUCCAUCAGCACACAGUCAAUCCUAGCCCUCCAAACACCACAGUAAACUCUGACAAUCCUCCCAGGACUGCAGCGCCGGCCUCCAGUUUCACCCUGAACACACCAAUCAUCCAAAAACCAUCAAUCCUGAAGCAGUCUGAGCAGCAGUGGCCGCUUCCUCCACAAUCAUGAACACAGCUCGGCCUGUAAAUGAGUUGGGGUAUAAACUAUACGCAUGCACACAAAAUCAGGUGUACCGUCAACACACACAUGCAGUGUGCUGUUCUCCUGGAAAUAAACCAAUAAUUCAGGGCUCUCUGA